UUGGUUCCAUUUCUAAUGUUAACGCACAUGUAACUCAAGACCAUGGCUGUACAACAUUCGCCAAUCAUUCUUGGAUUACUACUCUUUCUCUCUUUGGAUUUUUCUUUUUCUAUCAUUCCAGAGGAAGAGCAGCACCCAAGCUACUGGAACAACAAAGCCAAGCAAGCUCUGCAGAAGGCUCUGGAUGUGAAGCCUAAUCUCCACCAAGCCAAGAACCUCAUUCUUUUCCUGGGGGAUGGCAUGGGCAUACCUACUAUAACUGCGGCACGUAUCCUCAAAGGGCAGAUGGAGGGGAAGACAGGAGAGGAGUCGAGUCUGGUCAUGGACACAUUUCCUUACCUGGCCUUGUCUAAGACAUACAACGUUGACCAGCAGAUGCCCGACAGCGCUGCCACAGCCACGGCCUACCUGUGUGGCGUGAAGGCAAACUACGGAACCCUGGGGCUCAGUGCUUCUGCUCGGCGCUACAACUGCGGCAGCACCUUCGGCAACGAGGUCAAAUCAGUACUCCACCGGGCCAAAAUGGCAGGGAAGUCAGUGGGAAUAGUUUCCACGGCUCGCGUUCAGCACGCUUCUCCUGGGGCUGCGUACUCUCACACUGCCGACCGCGGCUGGUACAGCGACCUUGAACUCUCUGCCGACGCUGUCGCCGGAGGCUGCCGCGACAUCGCCUACCAACUGGUCCACAACACGGAGAUCAAUGUCAUUCUUGGCGGAGGGAGGCAAUACAUGUUCAGCAAUGAGUCCUUUGACCCAGAGUACCCAACAAUAAAAGGCGAUCGCCUGGACAAGACUGACCUCACUGCUGUGUGGCUGCAAGGCAAACAAAAUGCACAUUAUGUUUGGAACAAAGCUGAAUUUGACAAAGUGAACCCAGAGAAGACUGAUUUCCUGAUGGGCCUGUUUGAGCCAAAAGACGCCCGUUACGAGCAGGAUCGUGACCCUUCCAUGGACCCCUCUCUUACUGAAAUGAUGGAGAAAGCCAUCAAGAUCCUUCGCAGGAACCACAAUGGAUUCUACCUAUUCGUGGAAGAUGAGGGGAGAAUUGACCAUGGUCACCACGGUAGCCAAGCCAGCUAUGCCCUGACGGAAGCAGUGGAGUUUGACCGGGCGAUUGGACGAGCAGCUGAACUGACCAACGAGCUGGACACGUUAUCUGUGGUCACCGCAGACCAUUCCCAUGUAUUCUCAUUUGGGGGCUAUUCAGAAAGAGGAAAUCCUGUCUUGGGAUUGUCCCGGACAUAUGCUAUGGAUGAUAAACGAUUCACCACUACCCUCUAUGGAAAUGGACCAGGCCACAUAAUAAUUAAUGGAAGUCGACCAGAUGUGAAUGCCAGUGUUGCAGAGAGCAAGGAGUACAUACAACAGUCGGCAGUCCCUCUCGAUUCUGAGACGCACGGCUCUGAGGAUGUGGCCAUAUUUGCCAAGGGCCCCAUGAGCCACCUGUUCCACGGGGUCCAGGAGCAGAGCUACAUUGCCCAUGUCAUGGCCUAUGCAGCCUGCAUUGAGCCCUACGAGGACUGCGAUCUGGAACCUUCCCCCGACCAUGCUGGAGCCCACCACCCCAGCUUGGUGGUGCUGCUGCUUGGUCUUGUACCCGUCCUCAUCUCCCUCACAUCGGCCUGAUCCACAACGUGGAGAACAACGUCUUAUGACACAAUCAUGACAAUUUUUUUGAAUAUUUUUUAUUUUAUUUUUUCCCCUCACUGUACAUAUAGACACUCCUUGCUAAAACUGAUUCAAUCUGGUUCAGAAGCUGCUGUAAGAUGGCUGGUGUAGGUGUAACAUAGUGUCUUUGAAUUGUUGUUUUACAGACUCCACUUCUCCAUGUACAUUAUUCUAAAUUAUUUGCAAUAA